AUGACCAACCAAAGACUCUCGCUGCCGCCCUCUUUACCGGUGGGUAGCAUGGUGUUGAUUCAAGACAAUGCGCCCGGUCACUCGUUGAACGAAAACCGUCGGGAUCAACUGGCGAGCAGUCGCAGCACGAGUUGUCCCGCCGCCUUGGAUACCAAGAUUGCCUUGCUCCACCGCCAUGUCGGCAACAACUCUUCGUCCAAGAAGAAUGCUAGUUUUGGACGACGCCGAAGAAGAACCCGCAUGACCACACAAGACGAAGAAGAAGACAUGUCCGACAAUAGCAGUAGUAUGGACGACAGCUCCGUAUGCCGAUGGAAUGGUUGCAGUCCUACCGAGAAACAGGCCACGGUCAGUCUCCCCAAGCGACCCCGACGACGAUCCUCCUUGUCGCCCGACGGUGGAGUAGGAAGAAUUCGGACUCUUGGCGGUGGUUGCGAUGGGCAUGACCCCUUUUUAUAUACCAAGAAACUGAGAGACAUUGCCGUGGCACGGCAAUCCAGCGGAGGUAGCCUCAGCAGUCAAGACGAUUCCCAUUCUCCUCAACGGCCGACGACAUGUACUGGCAAGGCGGCAUAA